AUGAGCAUCUCUCAAGACAGCGCCGCUACCAUCGUGUGCAGGGAGGUGUUCGACGAGACCUCACAUCCGACGAACGAAGAGUUGCUGGAAUAUGCAAAACGUCUGGGAAUUGAUCCCGAUGCGGAACCGCAGCUUCUGGAUUUGGCUCGCGAGGGUCUCAUGGCGGCCCUGCCCAAAGGCUGGUCUCCGUGCUUUCACGAGGCCAGCGGGGCCUGGUAUUACUACCAAGCAUCCACCGGUACCACUACCUGGGAGCAUCCCCUGGACGAAGUUUACCGGGGACUCGUGGAGCAAGCUAGGGCUGGAAACAAGCGGCAAAUGAGCCUCGAGGAAGAUUCGAAGGCCACGGCAAAAGACCUCGAGUCUCACGAGGACGUCACUCUGCCGAAGGAAACCGUCACUCCGCGAGAUACUACGCCCACUACCCCGAAGGAGACCACCACCAAGGAGAGUGGUGCGCAUCCCAAACCCGGCAUGGCCGGAACAAAAAUACCGAUGAAACUAGCGCCUCUGCGUAAACUGGAGAGGCUCGACGGCUCGCGCAGGAAGGAUCGUCCGUCGUCCUUCGACAGGCUGCAGUCGAGGCGAGAGAGCGACUCCAAGUCCGACAACAUGUCCCUGUCGAGCGACCGCGCGGCUCGGGACUACACGAACCUGAAGUUCCAAGACCCAAGGUUCUACGAAUGCCCAAAACUGUUGGAGACGAGCGGUACCACGACCACGACGACCACGACGACUACGGCACCUGCGAAGAAGGAGCUGGAUCUCAAAGAGGUGCUGAAGAGGUCGGAGUCCCUGAGCCCGUGGCACGAGAAGGACUGGGAGCAGUUGUCGAGCAAGUUCAGCUCCGAGGAGAACAUAAUCGACAUCGACAAGCUCAGCGCCAGCACGCUGGCCAGGCCCGAGAAGCUCGAGAAGUUUGACAAAGAGAAACAUCCGAGCCAGCUGGGCCAGCAGAAGGAGCUGACGCUUAGCGGGGGUGGCUCGAUGUUUCUGAAGAGCAACAGGAGUAGAGACACCACGCCCAGCCAGGACGGCGGCAAGUUGGAGGAUUUUCGGACGUUGACCAUCUCCGACGAGAUGAUCAAUAACACUGUCGGUGAUAGGCCCAAGUCUAUUUUAAGGGAGAAACAAUUGGAGGAUGAUGACCGACCAUUGGACGAAGAGCGCAAGAGCGUGCGCUUCGACCUGGAAAAGGAGAUCAAUAUCAAGUUCACGUACUCCGAGUCCGAGGAGGAUUGGGAAUCCGAAUCCGAGGAUAAAAAUCCGCGGACAUCGGCCGUAAUCAGCAAUAAAAUUACCGGUUCCAUUCUAUCGCCGCCAAUCAACAAGCCGAUCUCGCAAGAUGUCGAAGACGAGAACGAAGCCGACAACAAGAACGACUGUCCCGAGAAGAACGAGAAGGACCGCGACAGGGCGGAUCCGGAGAUCAACAGGCGGCGUCUGUCGCUGGAGAAGCUCGAGUCGAUGUCGAAGAAUGCGAAGAUCGUCGGCAGGCGAUUCCUCGUGCAGAACGUUUCGGAGAACGAGCAUCGCAGUCAGAUGACGAGGAACAGCCUGGAGAGAGACAGCAGUCUGGACUGCCUGUCGAACAAACUGAGCGAGAAGGUGAAGAACAUCGACCUGAUGUCGAAGAGUGAGACGGACUGCAGCACCAUAAAGAGCAGCGACUCCGAAGAGAUACGCAGAGCAAGGUCGAUCAUCGAGAAAGCGAGGCAAGUGGCGAAUCGUUUGUCAAAUCGACAAAUCGACGACGAUGAGUCGUCCGACGUGUCAAGGGUGGGCCAAACUUACGCGCAGAAGGAACGGUUUGUUCGGCCCAAGCUCGAGUACUCGCGCAGCAUCGAUGACAUGAAGGUGAAACUGAACCGGGAAUACGAGAGAGAGAUCGAAGCUUUCAAGAUCGAACUCGAGAUCAAGCUGCAGGAGAGAAAGAAGGAGCUCGAGGAGAACUUCACGCAGCAGAAGAUUCUCAUACAGCAAUUCUUGGAUCAGAGGUUGGAAGACGUGAAGCAAGAAAUGACGCAGAAGGAAGAACAAGAGAUUCAAGAGUUGAUCGCCGAGAUGGAUCAGGUCAGGAUGGAGAACCUGAAGAAAGUCCGUACAGAAUUGGAGGUCUGCUACGAAAAAGAGAAGCUAGAGAUGUUAACUAAUCUAAAAACGGAACUCGACGAGAGAAGAAGAGAGCUUCUGGAGCUGAGGAAUCAAGAAAUGGGUAAACUGGAGAACGAGCACGAGCGUGACCUCGGCGAGGAGAAGCUUGCGAAGUUAAACGAAUACGAGUUGAAGAAACAGCACACCGAGAGGAUCGAGGCCUUGAAGAAGGAGCUGGAGAAGGAGUUCGAGGAUUUACGAAACGAAUUAAGAAUGCAGCAACGAGAGAAGAUCACCAAGUUCACCGAAGAUCACGAUCAGUGCCUAGCUGAGAUUCUUCGUGAUUUCAGAAUGGACGAAUCUCUCGCCCGUAAGAUGUACAAGGAGCGUCUGGAGGAAAUCCGCUCGGACUUCGCGCGCGACGCCGAGAAAGAAGCAAGGAAGCAGACGGAGCGGGUGCUGCAGCAGGAAAGCAUCGACUUCGAGAAGUUGCGCUGCGAGAAACGGCUGUUGCAGGACAAGUACACGGCGCUCAAGGAGAAGUACAUGAAGCUGAAGAAUGACGUUCGCCUUGCGGUCGAAAGGAGGAGCAGGAGGAAAGAGGGAUACACCACGGCCUCGGAGACCGAGAGAUCGGCGUCGACCAGGACGAGGACGGAGAAGACCGAAUCGUCGGAACAAAAUACUCCGCUGAGGAACGCGCACUCGAGCCCGGUAGCAAACGCGAAAUCGCAGGAGUGUCAGAGCGCGAGCGAGCACAUCGAUGACGAGCAGAACGAUCAGACGGACAACUCGAGGAGUCAGAAGGGAGCGGCCGCAGGGUUUCAGACACACAGCGCCGCUGAUUCGACGAAGGAUGCAGCGAAAUUCGAGUCCGACGAUACUACCACCGCGAGCGAGAUGAACGCCAGCAUGAUGAUGAUGAAGAAGAAGAAAAGCUUCAGCAAGAAGGCCACGUCGGGCGCAGGUCGCUCAAGUGGCAGCAAUAACAACAACCUGGAGAACCCCGUGGAGAACAUCAGGAAACAGCUGAAGAAGCUGGAGGACCUCGGCGACCAGCUGCCGAGUAACGAAACGGCCUAUACAGUGCGAUAUCCUUUCCAAGAUAAAGCGCCAGCGAACGCCUCUUCGGAGCUGGAGUUCUUCCGACACCGGAUCCAUGUAGAGAGGGACUCGGUGAGGAGGGCUCGCGAGGCGCUGAGACAACAGAGAAGUGCCUUUCAGGGUAGGCAAAGGGCGUGGAAACAACGGAGUGCGAGGGCCACUUUGGAACAACUGGUGCAGGAGGAACGUGAGCUCUCCGACAUGGAGGUAAGUCUGCAUCGCACCAAAAGCCUCCUAGGCGAGAAGGUCAUACAUCUGAGACACUUGGAACGGUCUCUGGAACGAGUGACGAGCGACAAGCGGAACGAGAACGACGCGUCUUCCAUAAAGAACGAUGAAAUGACACUGAGCGACAUGUCGAGCGCUAGCAGCGGUUUCAGCUCGACUGAUUUAGGAACCGACACUUUUAUAGAUAAGCCGGAUCAUUAUCAAGAGUCGACCGAGAUCAUCGCGAGUUUAGAGAACCUCAACUCGGAGAUACGAGAGAUUUGGGACGUCUUGAACAAGCGCCAAGACAGCAACGUACAUCCAACACCGGCUCUCAUGUACUCUUAUCUGCGAUGGCUGCGGUUUCAUCAUCUCACCGCGCAGCCUAAUAGUAUGCAAGGUGCCUUUGGUACUCCGAACAUACAGUCUAACAUCCUGUCUCAAUUGACCGCUGCGCAACAUCCUACUACUACGACACAGAACAUCAUCGCCCAGUACGGUCCUAACAGCGGCUUUACCACUAGCGUCGGUACGGUCGAGAGAAACGCCCCGAACUUGAUGGAAAGGACCAGAAACCUCAGGGAUUGGCUGCGCCAGGCUCGCGUCGAGACCACCGACUUGAUCAGCCCGGGUCAGGCGACUCUUUAAAUCGAGAUCGGCAUCUGUGAAAGAAAAGUCUUCUGUCUCUAAAUCUCUCUCUUUCUGCGAGGUUCAUCAUUGUUCUCGUGAUAAUGACUCUGAGAAUCGUACGACUAGUCGAAGCGUAUAAGUGUUACCACUUAAUUAGCGAUAUAUAUAUAAUACGUAAUUAACGUGAUAUUUUUAUAGCAUAGUUCGCAUCGUGCAAUGUAUUUUACGAAUCGAUUUCUUUCACGUAGACUGUAGGAUUUGUUAAGGAUUUGUUGAUCUUGAUUGAAUCGAACAGUUUUAUGAUCUCUCGUCGAAGAUCGUCGGAUCUUUCCGAAGUACGAUAGUCCUAUUUGAAUCAUGAACGUACACGCGAGUUUUGUCUGGACAGUUUAUCAAUUUUGCGCUCGCUUGUUGCUCUGAAUUGGACAUUUCUCUUUUGCUGUUUUUAAAUGAUGAUGAAAAACAGUGAAGAUACGUGUCGUUGCGAUUGAUAAUUCAUACGUGAGCGAGAAUAUGUUUACUGACAACAUGCUCUUUCAAACUCAAGUUUGAAUUACAAAUUUGCAAUUGUAUUUCAAAACGAAUUUAAUCAAUUCAAUCGUUUGAAUUUUAUGUUGCAUGAAAUUGGAAACAUUGGAAAAAAUUGCAGCAGUCUUCCAUUAUAAAACCCAAUCAAUUUAUUUGUAUUGAGAAUAAAAUAUUUUUUCAACCAAAUAAAUAAACAAAUAAAGAAUAAAUAUCCAACCAACCGAGGGAAGAUCGUCAAAAAUAAAAAAGUUAUUUGUUUGAAUAAAAUAUCAUUUUGAAAACAAAGAAAUUGAUCGAUUUUUUAUAAUAAAAGCUACUACAAUUUUUCAUAUCGUAUUAAUUAUCAAAUUUCAGUAGUACAAAGUAAUCAACUCCAGAAUAACUACC